AUGCAUGAAUCAAGUCCAACCAAUUCACCUCCUUCACCUCAUACCCCAGUAAGCGUCAGUAGUAGCACGAGUGAUAGCGAUAGUGUUAAAGCUCUAACUGAUCAUAUAACACCUCCUUCUAACAAAGUGACUGGAUAUCAAUCUAUCCUUUCUGAUUUACUUAAAAGAGAUAACGAUCGAAAAGAACAAGCACCAUUGUUAAAAAAGAAGAAAUCUAAAGAUUAUCUAUCGAUCUCGAAUAAUCAAAAUACAGGUGUUACAACAAAUCAGCAGCCAAUAUCUCAACAAGUACAACAAGAAGAGACUCGUCGAAUACUUUCUCAAAAGGAUGAUUGGUUUCAAUUGACUUUACAAGAAUUAAAAAGGAACCCAAAAACUUGGAUCACUAAGAAUUGUAUUAUACAGCCUAUUCACUAUAUACCUGCUGUUAUUUUAGGUGUAUUGUUAAAUCUAUUGGAUGCUAUUAGUUAUGGUAUGAUUGCAUUUCCUCUUAAUAACCCUAUUUUUGCUUCAUUUGGACCAGACGGUAUAUCCAUGUUUUUUGUGAGUUGCAUUAUUGCUCAGCUUGUUUAUUCUUGUGGUGGUAGUGUGUUUGAUGGUGGGAAUGGAAGUAUGAUGAUCGAAGUUGUACCAUUUUUGCAUAUUAUGGCAGAAAAAAUUAUUUCAGUAGUUGGACAAAACAAUCCUGACGUCGUCAUACCUUCUACAAUGGUAGCCUUUGCUCUUAGUAGUUUUAUGACGGGUCUUGCCUUCUUUCUUUUGGGUGCUCUCAAGCUGGGCUCCCUUAUCGGCUUCUUCCCACGUCACAUCCUAGUUGGUACAAUUGGCGGUGUCGGUUGGUUCCUGGUUGCAACUGGUAUUGAAGUCUCUGGUCGUCUUGAUGAAAAUCUUGUUUAUACGAUUCCUAUGUUUAAAAAGAUUUUUUUAGAUACUCAUCUAUUUUCCUUGUGGUUUUCAGCCUUUGUCGUCGCUCUCCUCUUACGACUUAUUCAAACUCGUCUAACAAGUCCCUUAGUAGUACCUGUUUUCUUUAUGGUCUUGCCUGUUGUGUUUUAUAUGAUUGUGUUGGGAUUGGGAUUAGAUAUUAAUCAAGUAAGGGAUCAGGGGUGGAUAUUCCCGCUUGUUGAAAGUAAUACACCAUUUUGGCAUUUUUAUGGUUAUUUUAAGUUUGGAUUAGUUGAUUGGAAAGCUGUAGCAGAGACAUUACCUGCUAUGUUGGCAUUAACCUUUUUCGGUGUGUUGCAUGUUCCUAUUAAUGUACCUGCAUUAGGAGUUUCCACCAACAAAGAUAAUGUAGAUGUGAAUCGUGAAUUAGUGGCACACGGUAUAUCUAAUGCCGUGUCUGGUUUAUUUGGAUCAGUUCAAAAUUAUCUUGUAUAUACAAAUUCGUUAUUGUUUAUUCGAACGGGUGGAGAUAGUCGCGUGGCUGGUGUGAUGUUGGCGGCUGCUACGGCCAUUUUAUGGAUGAUUGGUCCCUGGAUUGUUGGCUAUAUUCCUGUCAUGGUUGUCGGCAGUCUUAUUUUCCAUUUAGGUCUUGAUCUCCUUAAGGAAGCUCUGAUUGAUACCUGGCACGCUGUCCAUUAUCUUGAAUACAUAACUAUUUGUGUCAUCAUCCUCUGUAUGGCAGUUCUUGGCUUUGUUGAAGGCAUUUUUGUAGGUAUCGUUAUGGCCUGUAUCUUUUUCGUAGUCCAAAAUGCGCGUCGUAGUGAGGCCAUCCGGGCUACCUAUACUGGUGAUUAUAUGCGUUCAACCGUACGUCGUCUCUAUCGUCAAGAGCGCUUCUUAAAACGUGUGGGAACACAAAUACAAAUUGUUAAAUUACAAGGUUAUUUGUUCUUUGGUACAAUUAAUCAAGUGGAGAAGACAAUUAGAGAUAUGUUAGAUGAGCAUGCCUGGGAUCAUCAUCCGAUUCGAUUUUUGAUUUUCGAUCUGCAAUUGGUUCAAGGAUUAGAUUUUAGUGCAGCAGAGGCAUUUGUUAGAAUCCGAAGGUUGUUAAAGGCACGACAGGUGUAUAUGAUCAUAUGUAACGUAGCAAAGGAUGAAGAAAAGGCAUUGAAGAAGGCAGGUGUUUGGGCUUGUCAGUCAGAGGGUGAUCUUAAAUGUUUUCAAAAUAUUAAUGAUGCAAUUGAAUGGUGCGAGAAUGAGUUGUUGAUGAUUUAUUUUGAAAAGAAACCGAAGCACUUGCAAAAUUUAUCUACAAUGACAACAACAGCUUCAAAGCCUGUACCUAAAAAGUUAUACAGUUAUUCAGACCUUCCUGCUUCUGCAGGUUCGCCUCGUCACCAUAUCAUUUCAAAUGCCAUUCAACAUGUUUUUAAGGAAAACCAUACCCCAGUUGUUCACAAAAACACAACACAGCCUACUCUUAUCCUCGUUCAAGCAUUAGGUGAAAUUGAUCACGGAAAGACGCCUAUCGAAUUUUUUCAUAAACUAAGCACCUAUUUUGAAAGAGGGACUUGCAAAAAAGGGGAAGCACUUUACAAAGAGGGUCAUUCAAUUGAUUACUUGUUAAUACUUGAACAGGGCGCCUUACGAAGCCUUAUGUACGUGGUAACGAAAGAAGAAGAAGUAAUAAUCGAGACCAUCUUGCCAGGCACCAUUGUAGGCGAAAUGGGCAUUUUUAGUAAUAAUAGUCGAAUAGUACGUUCCCGAUCUUUGGUGGCUGAUACUGACUCUGUUUUUUGGAAAUUGACUAAAAAGUCUUUUGAACGCAUGUGCCAGGAGGACCCUGCUAUGGCGAACCAGUUUAUGUCACUAGCAUUAUAUUUUUCGGCAGAGAGAAUGGAUACCAUAACAAAAUAUGCUUUUCAUUUAAGUUAG